AAUUAAGUAGGAAUCCUGCCGGCGGCAUACGGUUGUAAAGUAACCGAAACCUUUCGUAAUUCAGUAUUGCUUUGUCUGUCCUGCCAUAUGACUGAUAUGACGGCCCAGUAACUAUAAUCAUUCUUUAUAUAGCCUACUAUCAAGGAAAAUAAUCGUUGUUUCCGCUAUUUUCGGAAGGAUGGAGGUCGCCCAAGAGUUCAUUGCUGGUUGGUUCGCUGGUAAGCUUAUGUUGUGAAACUUUUCAGUUUCUUUAAGAGUGUUUUACAUAAACAGAUGUUGAAUAAGUUAACCUACACGGAGAAAAAUGGAGAUAUACCGUUGGGGAAACUAUGGUGUACAGGUCAUCCAGACCCUGAAAAAAGGUGGGGGGUGGGGCAGUGGGGGGCAGCUGGCCUCAAAAAAUAGAUUAUAUUUUUCUUUAAAUUAUUACUAAAAAUGUUAUAAAUAUUGUAUAGUUGUGUAGAAUAGGAAUUGGAACUUGGAAUUCUAGGAUAGGGUUGGGAGUUAUGGUACAGUCAAACCUCAGUGACUUAAUUUCAGUCAUGCUUGAUGAUCAAAAAGAUUAUUCCCCAAAUACAUGUAUGUUUACAGCAACUGAAAUUUGAAACACAAGACUAAAAUAAAUCAGGCAUGUUGCAUUUUAAUCUUUGAAGACACAGUUUUCAACCUCAUUUUGCAGUAUCAAUGAAACAGAAAACAGAAUGAAAGGUUCAUUACUAAGAAAAAAUUUCUCAGCUUAUUUCCAUUUAUUAGUAAUGAGAGAAAGUACAUUUCUUUGCCACCACGUAUGGUGAACACACAGAAAGUGCACUUCCCCUACUAAAUUUAUUAGACGUUCUUACGGUACAUAAUGUUUAUCGAUUUCAGAUUCUAAAAUUCACGUACCUCUGGCAUAAAGGCCUCCUGCCAAAGCUGUUCUCAAACUAUUUUCAAUAUGCCAGUAAUGUCCACAAAUACAAUACCAGAUAUGCAUCGAAACAGAAUCUUUACCUAAAAAAAGUGCGAACUAAUACGGGAAACAAACAAUCGGAUAUGCUGCAUGUACCAUCUGGGACAAAAUUCCCAUAACUCUUAAAGAACUAAACACAUACCAAUUCCAAAAACAAUUGAAACCUUAUUUGCUGUCAGAACAACAUAGUUAACAUAACUUAAGCAUAUACACUUUCUUUCUUAAUACAUUGUAUUUUAAAACUGCUUCUUUAGAAAUAAAUUCUAUCUCAAUUCUCUAAAACUUUAAAUUCUGGAGAACUGGCUAGAAAAUCUUAGGAUUAUUUCAGCUCCAGGCCUUAUUAAGUACAAAUAAAUAUAUAUUUUUUUUCUCUUUCACGUGAGUAUGUAAUUAAUUAAGUACAAGGUGAAUAAAGGUAUUGUUGUUGUCGUUGUUGUAGCCUCUGCUAGCACAGGAAAUUAAAAUUCAGUACCACUGACCUGUGCAAAGGACAGAAAAAUUAAUUUAAUAAAAUAAUGACUUUAUUUGAGAGUUCCAACUUGAUGUUAACUAUGGCUUUGAUACAACAAUGUACGUUUUAUUAAACCCAGAUUUGGCCUAAGAGAGAAGGGGAAAAUGGCUUUGGUAAAGACAAACCCACUGGAAGCUUGGGCUUUCACACAGUUCACUUGCAACAAAAUAAAAUUAUUUCUAUGGAACAUUUCAAUGAUGGGAAAUUUACGCUAAUUUUCAUUUCUUGGCAUUUUUGAUUUGUACAACUUUGUCUAGGAUGUGCUGGAGUGGUAGUUGGACAGCCAAUGGACACAGUUAAGGUAAUGUGAAUCACAUUCACAAUAAAUAUGUUUGACUUUGACGAUUCAUGAGCUAAUAAAAAAGGAGAUAUUCUUUUAUUUUUAAAGUAUGGUUGGCCCCAGUUGAGUUAACAGUAUUGUCAUAUACCGUAAAAUUCCGAAAAUAAGCCCCUCCAUGUAUAAGCCCCUCCAAAUAUAAGCCCCCCAAACUCGUAACGUAAAAAACCCUCCGUUAAAUCGCCCCUCCAAAUAUAAGCCCCCCAGGGGCUUGUACUUGGAAAUUGCCCUCGAAUACAAAGUAAAACAAAGCAAAAACGGUAAUUUACUUUCAACUAUAAGGCUAGCCCAAUGGAUUUUGAAACGCAAAUUUCCCUCCAUAGAUAAGCCCCUCCAAAAAUAAGCCCCUCAGAAAGGGGCCUUUGAAAAAUAUAAGCCCCGGGGCUUAUUUUUCGGAAUUUUACAGUAUACUGUACAAACUACAUUGCAGUUACUGUACAGUACAUGAUGUGCUGACUUUCACCAGAAACUUUUGUUUGUUUUCACAGGUCAGAAUGCAAGUAUUGAAUACUGGGACCAAACAGUCUUCUGCCAAUUCCUUUUCCUGCUUUAUGAACAUUGUCAAGCAUGAAACAGUGAGUAGAGCGGCCAGUGGUUGGCGUUAUCUUGCUGACCUUUAAUUUAUUUCUAUUUAAUGCUGAUCAACUGGCUGCCUGGAACAUAAUUGUCACAUGUCAUAUAAUGUCACAUAUAUGUAGGUUUGGUAAGGGUGGCUCUGCUAGCCCCUAUGUUUUUUCCAGGCAGCCAAUUUUAAUUUUCAUUGCCUUAAUAUUUUUUUGAGCAAGAGAGUAAGUACAAAUAAAGGUUGUUGUUGUUGUUGUAAAUAUAGAAAAAUUAUGCCUCUAUGUAAUGGUAACAGGACUGAGUGGAGUCCAAUUCGGUCUGUAAUCAUACAAGUGAUUAACAAAAUUGGACGACCGCGUAGUGGGAGUCCGAUUUGUUUAAUCACGAGUAUGAUUACAGACCGAAUUGGACAACACGAAUUUCUGUUACCAAUUAAUCAUAACUUUAACAAAAUUUGUGAUAUAAUAGGCUGUUUUUUAAAUCAAAACACAAGAAAUUUGAAAUUUUGUUUUGCUAGCAGUGAAAAAAAAAGCCAUUUAAGCGCGCACGUGAUGGCGCAUACUGUCCAAUUACUUAUAGGGCAUGACGCGUACUGUCCUAUUAAACUGUCCAAUUAAGGCUGAAAUCAGGGCAGUUGAUAGCCAAUCAGAUUUGACAAUUUUGUUAUAGUUAUGAUUAUGCCGGUUAUUGUCCUCAGCAGGAUAAAAUGAUAUGUGAGGCUGAACUCAUAAGCCACUUUUAAUUGCAAAAGGCAAAUUUGGCUCUGUCUUAAAGAUACAAAUUUGGCAUGGGAAACAUUGCAUUACUGUUUGGACAAAAAUUAUACAAUUUUAGCAGUAACAGACGGAUAGCCUUUCCUGGCUUGCUUCAUAGAAAACUUAUUUGUCAAACUGUAACAAGGGUGAUCUGGGAUACUAAAAUGCAAUAAAUCAAUUUUUAAUGAGAUGUGCAUUUGAUUUAACUUGAGUUGCAUGUCUUUUGGCUCAAACCAAAGCAAAUUAAACUAUGUGUAACUUCCUUUGUCGGUGAGUCGAUGGUUGAACGCUAACGCUAAGGUUUUAGCUUGACAUGAUAAAACAUCAACAUGAAUACGGCCAAUUUAAUAAAACUAAUUUGCAAGUGUAAUUUACAAGUGUAGCUAUUGUUUUCAGACUCUAAAACAAAUAUUAUAGCUACACUUGUAAACUACACUUGUAAAAGUUUUAUUAUUGAAAAAUAAAAUUGACCCCUGUUCGCAAUGCAUUACACUCUGAAAAGACACGUGUUCAUUCAUUAUUCAUGCAGUAUCUCCUAGCUAUCAAUCAUGAGCAUGUCUAAAACCGGAAGCAGAGGCACAUUGUUUUUUGAAGUUUUGAUGAUCAUUUAAACAAACAAUUAUAAUUAACAGUUGCUUCUCCAUACACGGCAAUUUUUGAACACAGUGAAUUUAACUCUUCACAUUGUACCUUUCACAGGUGUUUGGCUUAUUUAAAGGCAUGGCCCCUCCACUAGCAGCUGUGGCAUUACAGAAUGCUGUAUUAUUUGGCAUGUAUGGGAAUGUUUUAAACUUAUUAUCUUCCAAGCAGGGUGAAAAGCCAUCCUUGUCUCACAUCUCUGUUGCCGCUGCUGCCUCUGGUGCAGCCCAGCUGUGGGUCGUGUGUCCUAUGGAACUUGUCAAGAUUAAACUACAGAUGCAAACACAGUGUAAGUGUAAUUUGCUUAGUUUAUUUUUGUACUGCGUAUUGUAAAAAUUUAUUCUUAUACACUGAACAGUCUAUACAGCUGUACAAGCUUUUUAUACCCCUCCACUGAUGUAAGAGCUCGACAAACCAACCCCUCCUCCCUCCGCCCUUGACCUUCCCCAAUGUUUAAAUCAUCAUUCAGGAGGGCUUAAAGUGCUUCAUGAACAAAAUAAUGUGACGAGUAUUGUAAAGCAAAGCCAUGAUCGAGCCUCUUCUAUUUUUCGAGGGGCAUUCCUGCCUUUUUCUCACAGAAGUCACGCCCAGGAUUUCAUAAAGGAUUUUAACCAUAUCCUGGCGGUAUUUUUGGUGGCUAAUGCUUCCGUACGUUACAGCAGCGUGAUAUGAACUCCAAAAGUUGUUACAAAGUAAUUUCUCCCCGUCACAUUGAUUUAAGUGUUAGGUCCAUGGUUAUGGAGUGGGAAAGUAACUUUGCAACCUCAUUGACUAUUCAGAUCAAUGACCAGACUUAAAUACCAUGAACUGAUGAGAUCUGAACACGACCACCGUCCAAGUUGUGGAAACGACUGUCAAAUAACAUUACUUUUCAGGUUUACUCUCACCCGGACGAUCAAAUUUCAACAAACUUCGUUUAAAAACUUCGUUUACUGUGUCAUGAUACGAUACUAAGCGCAUUUUACUUUUCAAGAGUUUUCGUCUAGAUAUAGAAAAAAACAACUGAAGACGAUACUGUGAGCACGAGUUAAAAUUGACUUCGUUGUUAUAAUUAUUGGCGUGAUACAUCUCAUACUAGCAUACGGCGGUCGCGUGCACGUCAGUUUACAUCGCACGUGCCCAUCAACACUGCACGUGUACUCAGCCCAUUGCGGCAGAAGCACGUAGUGGAAUGUUAAUAUUUGGAAUAGCCGUAAGUAACUUUUAUUAAUUUCAGAAAAUUCCAGAAAGCUCUAGUUAAAAGGGCUACAUGUAUGUAUAAAUAUUGCUGUUUUAGGUCAAUUCUUUGCUGAGGUCAUUACUUAAUAAUUUAUCAGCUUCUACCCAUUUAUAAAAUGUUCCUGUAGAGCGGUUAUGGAGAAGAUAUCAAAAAAAAUUCAUCAGAGAGCAAUGACUAUACUUUAUAACUUAUGUUUUGGUAAUUUUUCGGGCAUAGCAAUAAAAUUGGCCCAAUGUUUUCAAGUUUCAAUCCAUGUCCAUCCUUUCCAUCUCUAGCAACAGACGACAGGAAACAGUUCCAAUGCCCAGUAAAUAUAGCAUGACUUAACAAAACUGGACCAUUUAUUGUUGGAAUUCAAUUGUGCAGAAAUGUUUUAGCUGUGUAAAAAAAUAACCAAUAGCGUGACGUAGCCUCUUUAAGAAAAGUGUUCUUUAUAUUAAGGCUGCGAUUACUCAUUCAUCUCUUUCUUCUUUUCUCGCGUUAAUAGCCUGCUCGCGUCGCAUCUCCUCGCGUGAGAUGAUUUCCCGCUCUUUCUUUUCAGUUUCACUCUCUUUAUUCUCACCAUUUUCGCGCCGUAGACUUAUUUUUAUUAUUAUUUCUUCCACUUUGCAGCAAAACGAUCCAAUUCGUCACUAUACCGUGGAAGCUUAGACUGCAUUCGCAAAAUUUACAAAACAACCGGAAGCAGAGGGAUUUUCCAAGGCAUGUCUCCACUUGUUAUUCGAGAUAUUCCUGGUUUUAUGGUGUACUUCGCCUCAUACGAAAUCCUUCUCGAUAUACUGUCUGCGCCGGAAUCACGUGGUAAUGUAGGGCCUCUGGCUCCAAUAAUCGCGGGUGGUUUAGCGGGAAUGAUUUCCUGGACUUCAACAUUUCCGUGCGAUGUGGUUAAGUCAAAGAUGCAAGCUGAUGGCAGUGACGGAAAAUAUUUAUACAAAGGAUUUACUGACUGUUUAAUUAAAAGCUAUAGAACAGGAGGCUUUAGAGGGUUCUUUACUGGUCUUGGACCAACACUUUUGCGAGCCUUUCCCACCAACGGAAUCAUUUUCUUUGUUUAUGAUCUGGUGUCUAAAUUUCUCUCAGAAAAGACGGCAACGACUGGAAAAUCUUUAAAAAUUAAGGCAGAACCGGACUGAAAUUUGAAAUGCAACUGACUGGAGUCGAUGUGAUGCACGUACAGCUAUCAAUGUGAAAAAAGGUCAGGGAACUUAAUGAGAGGAUUUGAGAAAGCAAAAUGUCUGAAAAAGAAUCGUGUGUUUUGUCGACAUUUGCUUCACACUGUGGGUUGGGCCACUCAAACGAUUAAUAUGGGCGAAGUCUCACAAGGUAGAACUGACUAGUACGUGCACACCCAACAUUUUUAAUAACUACUAAUUAUUUUAUGUAAGGAAGAAAACGUAUACGUAUAAAACCUUUCACGGAGCGCAAGAAAAAUAAAAACUCGAAUCAACGUUU